GACGGUUCCGUGAAUUUGUCCCCGCUUGGUGUCUGACUGGUCAUUCUGACAUUCGCCUCCAAAUCCCUUCGCAUGGUGUCUGCUUGGAGUUUGACAGUCGAUGCAACGAAUAAGUCUGCUUGGAGUUUGAUGGUCGCUUCCAAAUCCCUCUGGGAAAAUAAUGGAGUAACUGCUCAGUUAACUUCCCAAUCUCCUCCGCAGACUACAUGACCUCCGCCCUCCUCCUCCACCUACAUAUACGAAUCGCGGUUCCGAAUCACCCAACAAGAUGCUCGUCCAUAUUCGGGUGGAGCCCCAACGGCAACAUCCAACGCUCUAUAGCCAUCAUUAGUAAUGUAAUACCAACGACAUCACUCCUACCAGCCAUUAAAGGCACCUCGGCUGCUUCAACCAUCUCUUCUGGCGAUUGCCCCAUUUGUAGCCAUUUCUCUCUUUUCCUAAUCGGUACAUUCAGUCGGUUACGCAAAAUCUGGGGUACCUCGCAGCUGACGGACGAAGGGUCCCUCCACUACGGCCGCAGCCGGAAUCACUUCCUGAACUAUGUACCAGUAGCCUAUUGGACCCGUCACCCAUCCUGCUGGUACACUUUCCGUCCCGUUUGGACAACCCCUACUGUUCUAUCCUAACCACUUUUGCUCCCGAUUGUCUUCUCGUACCUGCAUACACCCCCUCCGGAAUAAGAAACUUCCCACCAAAACAAAGACUGUGAUUUUGCCAGAAGCGUACAAACGAAACGGUUAAGUACAACCUCGAACCGGACACUUCGUCUCUGGCAGCCCCACCAGAACUCCACUACGACAGCGUCC